AUGUCUGACAGUGAAGAAACGACCCACAUCGUUCUUGAUACUGAGAGAAUUAUUGUGGAAGUGGAAAAAAGACCAGCGCUGUAUAAUAAAGAACUGAAAGAAUACAGCGAUAGAAAUGCGAAAGAGAAAUUAUGGAUAGAAGUAUGCGCAAAUGUAAUACCAAAAUGGCAUGAAAUAUCAGGUGCAGAAAGAAAAGACAGAGGGAAAGAAGUUCAAAAAAAGUGGAAGAAUCUGAAAGACUCCUGUUUUGCGAGAGAGCUUGCUGCUCAGAAAAAAAUCAAAUCUGGUGAGCCUGCAAAAAAACGUCGAAAAUACAUCUACUUCGAUGCAUUGCUAUUUUUACUUCUUCAUCAACAACCCAGGACAACAAGUGGCAAUGUAGGGCCUCCAGGCGAUAAGGAAGAACUGUUAGACCAUAAUAAAGGACCCAGAAACGAUGAUGGAGAGCUUUUAAACGAUCAUGGAGGUCCCAGGAACAACAACGAGGAGACUCCACGUUCUUUACCCUCUGCAAAACCUGCACCGAGGACACCACGCAGUCUUUCCAGCUAA